AUGAGUAGUAAAGAGAAGGGAGCUAAAAAACCAGAUCCUUUCAAAUCCUUCAUUGCUGGAGGAGUUGCAGGAGCAGUUGAAGGAACGGUUACAUAUCCAUUUGAAUUUGCGAAGACGCGAUUACAAUUGAUUGAUAAAUCGUCCACUGUAUCAAGAAAUCCGUUGAAAUUGAUUUAUAACGUGGGUAAAACUCAGAGCAUUGGAGCUUUAUACGUUGGAUGUCCAGCGUUUGUCGUUGGAAACACAGUGAAGGCCAGUGUUAGAUUUUUGGGAUUUGAUAGUAUUAAGAGGUUGUUGGCAGAUAAGGAUGGAAAGCUUUCAGGACCCAGAGGUGUUUUAGCAGGACUAGGCGCCGGAUUGUUGGAGAGUGUUGUUGCAGUCACACCAUUUGAAGCCAUUAAGACUGGAUUGAUCGACGACAAACAGGCCAAAUUCCCCAAGUAUCAAAAUGGGAUCGUUCGUGGGUCUUACAACUUGGUCAAGGACUUGGGAUUGAAAGGAAUAUACUCAGGCAUUUUGCCAGUAACCAUGAGACAAGGUGCUAACCAGGCAGUGAGAUUGGGAUCGUACAACUCGUUGAAGACCAUGGCACAGAACUUCUAUGGGUUGAAUCCUGCUGAACCAUUGUCGAGCUCAUUGACGUUUGGCAUUGGAGCUUUGGCAGGAAUCAUCACAGUGUACACAACAAUGCCCAUCGACACAGUCAAGACCAGAAUGCAGGCGUUAGGAGCAGACAAGUUGUACAGCAGCACCUUCAACUGCUUUGUUAAGAUCUUCAAGCAGGAGGGAAUGCUCACCUUCUGGAGAGGAGCCACUCCCAGGUUGGGCAGGUUGAUCUUCAGCGGCGGUAUUGUGUUCACCAUCUACGAGAAGAUGAUCGUUCUCAUGGGCUAA